CCAGAGGAAAGGCCGAGCCCAGAGCGAGCGGCCGCCUCGCGUGACGUGUCGGACGCCGCUGCUCCUCCGGUCUGUUGCGUUGGCAGACGGAGCCCAGGCGUCGCUGCGGCCGCCCUUCCUCGCCACGGACGCUCUUCUUCAUGAAUUAGUGGUGGUUGGCGCUCUGUUCGGGACACGAUGUGGAGAGGCACGUUGCUAGUGGCGGUGUGGGCGUGGGCGGGGGUGGCGAGGGGCUUCUACGUGCCCGGCGUGGCGCCCGUGGAGUUCAAGAGGAAUGCCCCCGUGGAGGUGAAGGCUGUCAAGAUGACGAGCUCGCAGACGCAGCUGCCCUAUGAGUACUACUCCCUGCAGUUCUGCCGGCCCAAGAACGGCACGAUCUACAAGUCUGAGAACCUGGGCGAGGUCCUGCGGGGCGACAGGAUCGUGAACACGCCCUACGAGGUGUACAUGGACCAGCCCACCCAGUGCCAGCUCCUGUGCCACGACCUGGGCAGCCCCAUCCGCUGGACCGAGCAGGAGGCCAGGGAGGUCGCCGACAGGAUCCGCCACGAGUACUACGUGCACCUGCUGGUCGACAACCUGCCCUGUGCCACCAAGUUCGUCAUGAUGGAUACCCAGGAGCAGGUGUACGAGCGGGGGUAUAAGCUGGGCUUCGUGCAGGACGACAAGGUGUACAUCAACAACCACCUGCGACUCGUCCUCUCCUACCACACGGAUGAUGAUGUGAACUUCCGCGUGGUGCGCUUCGAGGUGGAGGCGUCCAGUGUGGAUCUCUCGGAAAUUGGGGGCACUGUGGACCAGUGUUCCUUCCCGGUGAAGCACAAGCCACAAGAAGUGAAGCUCACGGGCACGAACAACCUCCUCUUUACGUAUGCCGUGGAGUGGCAGCGUUCGGACGUGAGAUGGGCAUCCCGCUGGGACAUCUACUUACAGAUGACAGACGUACAGAUCCAUUGGUUCUCUAUUGUCAACUCGCUGGUUGUGGUGUUCUUCCUCUCGGGUAUCCUCACCAUGAUCAUGAUCAGGACUCUGCGGCGAGAUAUUGCCAGAUACAAUGCUGACGAGAGUUUAGAAGAGACCUUGGAAGAAUCUGGCUGGAAGCUUGUCCACGGAGAUGUAUUCCGACCUCCGCGCUAUCCCAAGCUCUUCACAGCCCUGGUGGGAUCUGGUGUUCAAAUCUUCUGCAUGGCCCUCAUCACAAUUGUGCUGGCCAUGUUAGGUAUGCUCUCCCCAGCCUCUCGUGGUGCUCUAAUGACCGCAGGGAUUUUGCUCUAUGUUUUCAUGGGUCUCAUUGCUGGGUACAUGGCCGGUCGCCUCUACAGGACAUUGCGUGGCCAGCAGUGGAAGUCUGCUGCCUUCUGGACAGCUACACUCUUCCCUGCUUUUGUCUUCUCCACUUGCUUCUUCCUAAACUUCUUCAUCUGGGGAAAGCAUUCGAGUGGUGCUGUCCCAUUCACGACCAUGAUGGCCCUGUUCUCCCUGUGGAUCUGUGUGUCGGUGCCUCUGACCUUCAUUGGCUAUUACUUUGGAUUCCGCAAGCAGCCGUAUGAACACCCUGUGCGGACCAACCAGAUCCCGCGACAGGUACCGGAGCAGGUAUGGUACAUGCACCCUGUCCUAUGCCUCCUCAUGGCAGGAGUCUUGCCUUUUGGGGCUAUGUUUAUAGAGCUGUUCUUCAUCUUGUCUGCCAUCUGGGAAAACCAGUUUUAUUAUCUCUUUGGCUUCCUGUUCCUUGUGUUUGUCAUCUUGGUUAUCUCCUGUGGUCAAAUUAGUGUGGUAAUGGUCUACUUCCAGUUAUGUGGUGAAGACUAUCACUGGUGGUGGCGCAGCUUGAUCACUUCAGGUGGCUCUGCAGUCUAUGUGGCAGCAUACUCGAUCUUUUACUUGAGCACAAAGCUUGAGAUUACAGAGUUUGUUCCACUUCUAUUAUACUUUGGUUACACAGCCAUUAUGGUGGUGACUUUCUGGCUGUUAACUGGUACUAUUGGCUUUUAUGCUGCUUACCUGUUUAUUAGGAAGAUAUACGGUGCUGUGAAAAUAGAUUAAAGCAUCGUUCUUUUAGCCUGUAAUAGGGCAGUGUUUUACAUGCUCAUGGAUAGUUUUGCAGCAUCUUUGCUGUGCUAUAGAUCCUAUCAGUCUCUCUCUCUCAUAGAUAUUAGAACACUUGUGUUUCUCCAAAAUUGUUCUCAUCUUUUCUAAAGACUAUAAAAGUUCACAUCAUCAUUUAAAUGUCGUAUUAUUACUGAAUGCAUUUUGUGAUUUGUACAUACAAUAAAAAGUGAUACUAAGAAGUUGCAAACAAUGUAUAGGAAGUAACCUGAUAUCACUACCACUGGGAAUGGUUGUGUUUUUGUGGCUUUAUGUCUGCCUUGAGGAGUAAGAGCAAUUCCUCUCAUGAUUGUUAAAGAUUCAACGUGUGUCAUGAACCCUUGGGGUCCAAAUGCAAACAUUGUGCUCUUUUCAGUUGUAGCCUCAAGUCAUAUUCAGCCCAAAGAACUUGAAAGUCUUGGCUGAUUUUUUAAAAAGUUAUAAAGAUCCUAAUCACUUUCCAAAGUCAUAUCCAGUGAAAAUACUAUUCAGAGGUUUUUGAUUACAAAAUAAUAAAUAUUGAUGGCAAUGUCUUUGCUAAGAUUGCUUGGUAAUCAAUGCAUCACACUUUAUAAUUGUGAAGUCCCAUGCAGUAACUGACAUGAUCUUGUUGAUAUCAAGGCAUUGUAUAUUAUAUUACCUUAACCCACUUAUUUAUAUGUAUAGAAAAUAACCUAAUGCUUGAUUCAAGAUUGUAGAAGGUGAUUGAUUAAAACUAUCAAAGGAAAUUCAGUAACCAAUUUCAGCAAAUAAAGAUAAAAGACAAACAAAUAAAAUACAAGAGAUAAAUGAAUUACUUGCAUAUAUUUUUUAUUUCUCUCAGCUGCACUUUUUUUUUAUUAUUUGUUGUAAUUAUUAUUAUUUUUUAUUUGCUACCUCAAGAUAUUUCAGUGCUGUGCAUCAACCACCUCUUUGUUUAGCAUAUUACCAAUUUUCCAUACUUGCCAUUAAUGAACAAAGAUAAAUAGGCUGGAAAAAUUGAAGUAAUAUUGAUUAUUUGGAAAUUGAUGUUUACACAAUUGUAGCAGAGGCAUAUGCAUUUUUUUUUAGCUUGGUUAUUUUGUCCCAGUGUCUUUUGUCAUCAUUUGUGAAUACUUAAAGAAGUAGGAAUGCGACCUGGAGCCUUUGGCGUGGUUGAGCAGAACUUGGAGAGCAGGCGAGCUGAGGGAUGUAGAAAAUUUAGUCAACUAUUUAUCGGACGUCAUUUUUUUUUUCCCGCUUUGUAGAUAAUACGCAAUAUACAGAAUCACCAGGAUGAGUAUACAAAUGCAAGAGCAAAUUGCACUUGGCAUUAGGGAAAUACCCAACCAUUGAUGAAGCCCCGGAUGGCAUGGCUCCAUAUUUCUUUUAGUGUUGUGCUGAGUAUGGAGUGUAGCCAUUCCGGAACAUGAGGGAAGUUUGAUGUCAAAUUUUAGCACAUGCUAUGGCAUUAGCUAUGUUGCUAAGAAACUGUAUUUUUUAAUAGUAUUGAUAUUUUAAAGAAAAAGUUGAGUGACAAAUGGGAACUAAAGAUGUGAAAAUCAAGUAUUCACCAUUUAUUUAUUUAUUUUUUUUUCAUUACAUUUCCACACCAGCAGUAUGUUUCUUUAUCCGAAAGAUAAGUUGCUUGCAUACUUUCUUGGUAAUGUUUGUUACUGAUAGAGCCAUUUGAAAGAGGAACACCUCAUGACCUUGCUGUUAAAUUAUUAUUAUUAUUAUUAUUAUUAUUAUUAUUAUUAUUUUUUUUUUUUUAAAUCUCAUUAUGCAUUGGUAGCUUCCAAGACUUUUAUCCAUAUUUCUUGCUAAGAUUUAUCAUAGUGUGAUUUGUUUUUUAGCCUGAAUAAUGACAGGAUAGGUGUAGAUGAGAGUGCUUGCCAAGAGUGCAAGUUCUAGGCCAUGCUUAAGAGCAGUAGCACUUAACGAAAGAAAUUAUUUUAAAAGAAUGAAAAGAGGGCAUUAUGACCAUGAAUGGAGUAUUGUAUUUGGCGUGACUGUGCGUAAGAGGACAAGUAAAUGCCAUGAAUUGUGGGAUGUGGAUUUGCAUUGGGAUUUUAUGGUGUCUGAGAAUAUGAAUUUUAAUAUUUUGUGUGGUUGAACAAAUAGUUAUUAUAUUUAUUAGAAUUAUUAUUGUGAUUACGUUAGAUGGUACUGCCUUAAUGAUGCAAGUGUUUUCUGAAGAUUAUAUAGUUUUAUUGUAUUUUAAUUAUGGUGGUUACUAUGAACAUUAUUAUUGACAUUGCAGUGAAGAUGGUAUAUUUACUUUUUCCAUUCACUAUCAGUAUUUUUAUGGGUAAAUGUGUGUAUGUGUGCGUGUUCCUAGCUCUCCCUGGGUCUUGAAUAAUUUGAUAGAGAAUUAGGCUAAUGAUAUAACAUUUACACAUCAGAAUUCCACAUUUGCACUCAAUGUAAACUUUUGUCAAGGAGGUGCAAGUGCAAGAGUAAAGGAGAGGCAAGUACAGUGAGUUUCUUAAGACAUUGUCAGUAUGUUGCCAGUAUGUUGAACUCACUGGGUUUCACUGAAGAGCCAGCUUUUAUUAGUAAAUAGUACUUGUAUACAGCAUGUCAUUUUUUUUUUUUUUCUGAGAGGAGGCAUUUUGAGUGACCUUUUCCCAUAUGUAUUCAUGAAUUAACACUAUUUAUUUUGUGCUUUUUGUUUGACAUAUAUUUUUGGGGGGGAAGGUGUAAUCCAUUUUUUGAGAGAGAGUUUUUUGUUUUUGUUUUGUUUGCUACUUUUUAUCAACACAUUUUUUUUUUUAGAAUAAUUUCUAAACAAAAAAUCUAUGUUGUGCAUUGUACACUGCUUUUGAUAGUAACAUUCCAUUGGUGUGUUCCUGAUUUUUUUUUUGUUCCAAUCAUUCACAGAACAAUUGCUUGUAAAUUACGUAGAUAAAUGAAAUUUCUACUGAUCACUUAUUGGAAGAAUGGAUUCCUACCCCAUUUUGUGUGUAAGUUUUUGAUGUCUGAGAAGAGAGAAACGAUGAUUAAUUUUCUUUCUUUUUUCUCCUUUUUAUAAGUGAAAUGAGAAAGGUUAUUUGAGACUAGAUUUUCUAAAAGAAAGAGUAUUUCUUGAAUGCAGAAGUAGUAUCAUUUUUUUUUCUCACUCUCUCUCUGUCAUAGGUUUGCAUUAUGCACCAGGGGGGGAGAGUAAUGUAUAAAUAUCCUUAUAUGGCAUAAUAAAUUUUAUAUUAUUUUGUAGUUAUUGCAUUGACCAGUAACAGUUAUCUGAUCACACCUUUAUUCUCUCUCUUAUGUUUAUAACCUUUAUUACUAUUAUUAUCAUUAUUAUUAUUAUUUUUAAUGGUGAUGGACAUUCUCAUCUCAUGAUUAGUCUUGUGAUGCCAUUGUGGAAUUUCAAGCGUGUUAAUUACCAUAUCCGUAAUUUAAUUUGGUGGUGUGUUUGGAUGCACAGAGGUUUGUGCUUGUAUAUCAAAGGUUAUAUACACUUGUUUGCUUAAAUAGCAUUAAUAAUUUAGCUGUGCCCUCUCUUGAUAAUGUACAGUAUCUUAAAAAAAAAAGAAAAAAAAUCUAGGUUUUCUUUGAUAUUUUGCAUUGGCACACAAUGUGGGUAGAUUCUUAGAGAUAAACAGUACCAUAUAAUGUUGAUUGUUUAGAAUUUUUGUUCAUUGAUUUUCAAUGCACUUUGUGAUAUUAAAAUGAAAAUUGUA